UAAGUCACAAAGUGUAAUAGAAAUUAUUUUAAUUUAUUGCAAUAUUAAAAAACAUUUAUUUGGCAAUAAUGUUGCAGCAGUUAUCGGGUGUUAAUAUUAUAUUAUUUAUUGCUGCUGGUAUUCAAACAGUUUUAAUUUUAUUUAUAUUUGCUAAAAGACAAAUAAUGCGAUUCACUUUACGUUCUAGAGAAGGUCCACAUAUUCCAAUAGGACACGAUACUAAAAAAUCUUUUAAAAAAGAAAUUAAUAGAAAAAUACAAGUAAUACCAAGAAUACAAUAUGAACCACAUCUUGAUGGCUAUAUCCAUAGGAUAAAUAGUACAUGUAAACCAGCAUCACAUUUUCAUAGAUUGAAAGUUGUGAAUGAUAUUAAAUUACUAGAAUUUCAAAUUGUACAACAUGAAAACUUUUAUAAACGGCAUCCCAAUGAAAAUAUACGAGGGUUUUUAAUCAGUACAUUAUCGACUACUUUGCAUUCAAAUGGACAGCAUAUAAUACAUAAAUUUUGUGAUCUAUACGAACAUGCUAGACAUGAUCCAUCUGAAUUCAAAAAUGAAGAAUACGAAAUUUUUUCAAAAUUAUUAGUGAAACUUGUUGAUGCUUAUGUAUAA